AUGGCCAAGUAUCUGCAUAACCAGAAGCAGGAAUCGAUAUUAAGCCUCUACCAUGAGCACAGCAAGGAGCACAUAGGUCUAUGCUAUAGCCCUUCAGUGAUGGUGGAUACAUCUGCAGCCACACCAUCUGCUGCCCGUUGGCUUUUGAACUCCCAGGGGAGCUCCCCAUGGGCACUAUGCAGAAUGCAAGAGAUGAUGCUCCUCACGCCAGCAAUCCUCAUCCUGCUCCUCUCCCUCUGCACCCCAGGCACAGGGGCAAGUGAAUACACCUCUGUCCUCACUGUGCCCAAUGGAGCACGCUGGGGAAAGGGGGGCAGUUGGCAAUUUUGCCGCUCUGGCUAUGCCAAUGGACUUGCACUGAAGAUAGAGCCCUCCCAGUUUGGAACAGAUGACACAGCUCUGAACGGCAUACGUCUGCAACAUCGAGAUGACUCAGUCACCAAGUUCUUGAUGGGGGAGUGGGGUACCUGGACCAGCUUCCAAGUUUGCCCUGGAGGCUACUUGAUCUCCUUCUCACUGAGAACAGAGAAGUCCCAAGGAGGAGGUGAUGACACAGCAGCCACCAACACUCAGUUCAGAUGCUCAGAUGCAGCUGUGCUAGUAGGUGAUGGACUAUCGUGGGGUAGAUUUGGCCCAUGGAGCAAAAGCUGCAACAUAUGCAGUCUCCAGACUAAGGUAGAGCCCCCACAGGGGCUUCAGGAUGACACAGCGCUCAGCAAUGUUCUUCUGCUGUAA